AUGCACACCCACACUGAGGAGAAGCCCUUUGCCUGCACUGACUGUGGGAAGAGUUUCACCUGGAAGUCCCACCUCGCCAAACAUCGCUGCAUCCACAAUGGAGAGAAGCCCUUUGCAUGUGGCACUUGCAGCAAGAGCUUCACAACCAAGUUCAACCUCAACCAACACCAUCACAUCUGCACUG